AUGGACUGUCUAGUAUACGCUCGGGAAAAAAGGUGCCCAUGGAACGUGGACACGUGCAGCUUUGCCGCGUUAAACGGUCACAUGGACUGCCUAGUAUAUGCAAGGGAAAACGGAUGCCCAUGGAAUGAGGACACUUGCAGCAAAGCCGCGUUGAACGGUCAUAUGGACUGCCUGAUUUACGCAAGGAAAAACGGAUGCCCGUGGAAUAAGGACACUUGCAGCAAAGCCGCGUUGAACGGUCAUAUGGACUGCCUGAUUUACGCAAGGAAAAACGGAUGCCCGUGGAAUAAGGAAACGUGCAGCAACGCCGCUUUGAACGGUCACAUGGACUGCCUGGUUUACGCAAGGAAAAACGGAUGCCCGUGGAAUGAGGAAACAUGCAGCAACGCAGCGAUGAACGGUCACAUGGACUGCCUAGUACACGCUCGGGAAAACGGGUGCUUAUGGAACGUGGACACGUGCAUAGACGCUGCGUGGAAUGGUCAUAUAGACUGCCUGAUAUAUGCACGGAAAAACAGGUGCCCGUGGAACGAGGACACCUGCAGUUUGGCCGCGUCGAACGGUAACAAGGACUGCCUUAUAUACGCUCAUGUGUAUACACUUCAACCAGAUCGUCAGAGGCUUACUCAAGGUUUUGCUGUCCUGGUUACACAUUUUUUUUUAAUACCCUGA